AUGACAAGACAGUUGCAGAGGAACGGCGAGUGGAGGAGCUCCGAUGGCGGGUGCGGCACAGAGAUCGGUGAGGUGGACAAAGCUUGGUGCCGCUUCAACCGCUGUGACUGUAGCGAUUCUUUGACUUUCUUGAUUGAUAGACUAAGGCAUGAACUUGUAGCGGAAGACGACAAGCCGAUGCAAAGGAUGGCAAGAGCACCGCUCUAA